AUGGGAGCCAAGCUGCUGUGCCUCCUGCUCACCUCUGUCCUCCUCGCUUACUACCUCUACACCCCAAUCCCCGAGGACUUUGAGGAGCCCUGGAAGGUGAUGCUCAUCACUGCUAGCUUCAGGGCUGUCGGGCACCUGGCUGAGGUGGCCGAUCGGCUGGGCCUGAUGCACUACAUGGAAGCUCUGAUGCUGAUCACGGCUGCAGAGUACAUCGCGCCCACGUCCGAUGAGAACGUCACUGUGUCUGACACGGAGUUCAGCGGCGUGGCCGUCCGUCUGUACCUGCCCAGAAGGGCGACGGAUGGGCUGAGGAGGGCAGUGGUCUACUUCCACGGUGGAGGGUGGUGUGUAGGACAGGCAGGCAUGAAAUCCUACGAUCAUCUGACAAGGUGGACUUCAAACAAGUUAAAUGCUGUCGUGGUAUCAGUCAAUUACAGGUUGGCUCCCAAAUACCAUUUUCCCGUUCAGUUUGAAGAUGUCUAUUCGGUGACAAAGUUCUUCCUCCAGAGCAGCGUCCUCUCCCAGUACGGGGUGGACCCGGACCGGGUCUGUGUUGCAGGAGACAGUGCUGGUGGCAACUUGGCUGCAGCUGUGGCACAGCAGCUGUUGGAGGACACUGAAGUCAAAACGAAGCUCAAAGCCCAAGCUUUGCUUUACCCUGCUCUCCAAGCCCUUGACCUGAACUUGCCAUCUUACCAGAAAAAUGAAAACAAGCCCAUUUUACCCCGGUCACUCAUGGUCAAGUUCUGGAGUGAAUAUUUCACUUCCGAUCCAUCCCUCAGGGAGGCGAUGGCCUCCAACAGGCACGUCCCGGUUGAGUCGAGUCACCUGUUCCAGUUUGUGAACUGGAGCACUUUGCUGCCCGAGGAGCUGAAGAAGGGUCACGUUUAUGCCCAUCCUGCCUACGGAAGCCCCGAGCUGGCACAGAAGUACCCGGGGUUUCUGGACGCGAGGGCAGCCCCGCUGCUGACAAGCGAUGCCCGGCUACGCGGGCUGCCCCUCACCUACAUCCUCACCUGCGAGCACGAUGUCCUCCGGGACGACGGAGUCAUGUACGCCGAGCGCCUCCGGGCAGCGGGCGUUCCCGUCGCCCACGAUCACGCCAAGGAUGCCUUUCACGGGGCAAUGAUGUUUGUCUCCAGCCCAGCCGAGUUAGCCGUAGGGCACCGGCUGUUGAAUGGGUAUAUCAAGUGGUUGGAUGAGAACUUGUGA